AUGACGACUUCGCUGGUCCUGCAUCCACGCUGGGCGGACACCUUGAUGUACCUGUAUGAAAAAAGCCCGAAUGAAAAUAAUCAGAAUAAAAGCCAAAUUAUGGAGGGAUUAAGCGGGAAUUGCCCUGCGACUCACUGCAGGGACCUGAUCUCACACCCUGCGUUGGGAAGGCAUUCCGGCACCAUAGCGACUCACCAGGGAUCCGUGUACUCGGAUAUAUCUUCCGCUGACACAGGGCGACAGUGCCCCGCUCCACAAACGUCAUCUAGCGCCUCUCUGAGUUACGGCUACCCAUUUGGAAACCCUUACUACGGCUGCAGAUUAUCUCACUCGCACAACGUGAACUUACAGCAGAAACCUUGCUCGUACCACCCUGCAGAGAAAUAUGCCGAGCCGAGCACCACUUUACCCACAGAGGAGCUCUCCAGCAGGGCAAAGGAGUUUGCUUUCUACCCGAGCUUUGCCAGCUCGUACCAGGCAGUUCCAGGAUAUCUUGACAUGUCGGUGGUUCCCAGUAUUAGCGCACAUCCAGAGCCACGUCACGAUGCGUUGAUCCCAAUGGAGGGAUAUCAACACUGGGCUCUGUCGAAUGGCUGGGAUGGGCAGGUGUACUGUUCAAAAGAGCAAACACAGUCUUCUCAUCUUUGGAAAUCUCCAUUCCCAGAUGUCGUUCCAUUGCAGCCCGAAGUCAGCAGUUAUCGUCGAGGGCGCAAAAAACGUGUACCUUACACCAAGCUCCAACUGAAGGAACUGGAAAAGGAGUAUGCAGCAAGCAAAUUUAUCACCAAAGAUAAGAGACGGCGCAUCUCUGCUACAACCAACCUUUCAGAACGGCAGGUUACUAUUUGGUUCCAGAACCGCAGAGUGAAGGAGAAGAAGUUUGUCAGUAAAUCCAAGACAAAUAAUCAUAUGCACACUUGA